UUUAUGAACGUUUCCAAGUAUGACACAGCGCUGCCAAUGUUCAAAGCUCAUUUCAGCAUUUGUAGGAGUUUGUUUGCAGUUCGUUCGUUUCUCCGCUUAGGAAGGAAAAAACAAAAGAGGCUAACAUGAAGGUGAUGGUGGCGAUACUCCUUGUGCUUAAUAUUCCGGUGGCCUUUACCAAAAUGCUGCCAUCUUUCUCCAUCCUUCAAAAAAUGUAUCUUGGCGAUAAAAAUUAUGGAGGAAUUUACAACCGCUUGAAUGUUGAAGAGUACCUUUUCCCAGAAGACAGUCGUGAGCUCAAAUUCUAUCCAAACGCCACAUGCAUAUUGCGCAUGAGCGCCGUGUUAAACGUCACAACAGAAAGGAACGGAAGCAAGGAAGGUCUGAAAGGCUACCAUUAUUUCUAUGAACGAGCACCUCUGUUAGAGUACCUCAAGGAAGAAUUUGGUAAGCCUAUUGUAUCUAACAAUACCGCAGUUUUCCGAGGGCAAGUGGGAAUAAUGUUCGUUGACAUCAAAGAUGGAGAUGACAGCAAAGAUUGUAGCGUUCUGUUAUGGGACGGGAAUGGAUUUCAUCAAGCAAAAGGUGUCCUAAAACACAAAAAUUUCAUAUCUGCUCAGCUGUGGCCUGCUCCCACAGAUGGCUGUGUAAUCGACGUCAACGUUAAGCAAUCAGGCGGGGGAACAUGCUUCCCUUCGAAAGCUAAAGUAGAGGUCAGAUCUGGGAAGAAGAUUCCCAUCAGUGAGCUCGCCAUUGGAGACACAGUCAAGACCUUUUCUAAGGGUGGCGAAGUUGUCUUUAGUCAUGUGGUUACCUUCUUGGAUCAAGCGCCUGACCACAAGGGUCAUUAUUACACCAUCACUACUGAAGACUACAUCAAGCUCACACUCAGUGAGGCUCAUCUUGUGUUCGAGUUCCGACCUCUGAGUGCUAAGUUGGGAGGGAAUACCUUUCGCUCGGUGCAUGCAUCCCAAAUCAAACCAGGUGACUACAUCCUCGUUCACGUUCCAACGUACCAUGCUCCUAUUGCAAGGAAGGUUAUGUCAGUCUCGACGGCUGAAAGAUUUGGUGCCUUUGCACCAGUUACCCAAGAAGGGACCAUGAUCGUGGACGGUGUUUGGGUAUCGUGUUACGCUGACAUUGUGGAUCAUGAUUUGGCUGAUUCUCUCAUGUCCCCACUGAAGAGCUUUUACAACAUGGCCCCUCAAACGCUAGGAGCAAGAGGCUUGAACGUUCAUGGGUACCUUAAACAAGUCUUGCGUCCCAUUGGCUUGCGAAUCCUUGGAAAAGAGAAGUUCUAUCAAGGACCUGAAGGCGAUGAGACUGCGGGGAAAGACAAUACCAUAACAUCAGUUUAUCACCAGUAGCU